AUGCGCCAGCAACCUUCAGGUGUUCCUGACUGGCUGGCGGACCUGGUGCCGAGACCAGCAGCAGGACCGUUGUCAGCGCUGCCUCAAGGAGUGGCCAAGCCACUAGAGGUGCCGCAAUCGCUGGUUCCCAUCCUCACGGAUGCCCUCAUCCAGCAGAUCGCUGCGCAGACUGGAGCCCACAUCAUACUUCGGCAAGACACCAGGAACUUGGGCUACAGCCUGGUGCUCUUCCAGGGAAAUCCAGAGGGCACGCAGAAGGCCCGGGAAACGGUGCAGAAGUACUGCGGCCUCACCAUGGGGCCCAACAUCACGAAGACCUUGGAGCUGCAGACCUAUCACUCGAGUGCCUUCUAUGCCAUGGAUGAAGCCAUGAAGGACUUCAAGCACAAAGUGGCCGGUCUGCCCAUCAAGCUGAUACCUCCAGAGACCCUUGGAGCGCCAUUUAAGGUGGCCAUCGGCCCCGGGCAGGUGGCGCACGUGAGCUCGGCGGAGGCGACCAUCCGCAAGACCCUGCGGGAGGUUGAGCUGGAGCUGCACUACAAGCAGCGCCGCACCGUGCCUGCGGAGUUGAAGUACGCCAUGAUGUGCAAAAACACCAAGGACAACAUCGACUGCCCCAACAAGGCAUGUCCCUUCUGCCACAGCACCGAAGAGCUGGAGAUCGCGAGCCGAUGCUGCUUCGAGAACAGCCUGAACAUCCCCGGGGUGGCCACAGCCACGCCGUCGAAGGUGCCGACCAGAGCUCCACCCAUCAUCACGGCCAAGGAGGUUGGAGGUGCUGAGAAGAAAGCCGCCGAUGAGAAAGCCGCCGAUGAGACGAGUCAGAAGCUAAUCCUUUGCGGCAAGAUCUUGGUGGACGAUGCGACCAUCGAGGAGACGGGAUACCAGAGUGCCAACUUCAUCGUCGCGAUGGCCACCAAGGCAAAAGCCCCUGCCGCGGCGGCGCCGACACCCACGCCGGCGCCGGCGCCAGCGCCGGCUGCGGCCCCCACUCCAGCUCCGGCGCCGCCAACGCCGGCUGUGGUGCCUUUGAAUGAAGACGCCGUGCAGAGCCUCUGCGAGAUGGGCUUCCCCCGAGACCAGGUUGAGCCUGCCUUGCGAGCAGCCAAUGGGAACCCCUCCCUGGCAGUGGAGUUCUUGAUGAGCGGCAUUCCCGCAGGCGUUGGUGGAGGCGAUGCGGGUGGGAUGGCAGGCGCUCCAGCUCCGAUCCCCACUACUCCAGGGGACAGCGAGCCGAUGCCGGAGGUUCUGGAGCAGCUGAGAUCCAAUCCUCAGUUCGGACAGCUUGCGGCAUUGAUCGCCAGCAACCCGCAGAUGCUGGGUCAGGUGAUGCAAGGCGUCCAACAGAGCCACCCGGAGAUUGCCCAGGCGAUCCAGCAGCACCCAGAGGCCUUCAUGCGGCUGCUGCACGAGGCCCUGCGCGCCACAUGA